AAAGUUACACAUCAAUUGUUGUAUGUUUAUCAGAAUCGUCACAAGGUCAUCAUUUUUUUUUUUUUCUCUUUCUUUUAUUUAUAUAAUUUUAAAACGCAUCAGUUCUUUUUCUUUUUUUUUAUUUCCCCUUUUCCCUCUCUUUCUGAUAAAAAAAAAAAGAUUAUAUGUUUGAAACAGAGGAAUCAUCCGUAGCUAGUUCGUUUGGAGAGGAUGAUAUGGACCUGUUUUUGGAUAGAUGCUCCAUCUGUUUUGACGCUCAACUGGAUAUGUGUUUAGAGUUUUGUCGAGAUCAAUACUGUGUCGAUUGCUUUCAAAGAUAUAUCACCGAAGUUGUAAAAUCAUCAUGGGGCCUCAGUGUGACUCCCAUCAGCUGUCCCGUCUGUAAUGAAUCAAUACCUAAGCGUGAAUGGAGUCAAUACGUACCUCAACAUAUCGUCGAUACCUAUGAUAAAUUCAACAAACCUUAUCGAAGCUAUAUUCGUACCUGUCCUCACUGCGAAACUGAUAUCAUCCCUUGUCUCCAUUCGUCCGAGAAACCCAGCAACUACAGAUUGUUCUGCGAAUUGAUGGAAAACAUGUUGCAAGCUUGCCCUAAAGGAGAAAGACAUAAGAAUCAUACAGAACAUAUUGCAGUCAAACGUUGGAUUACGAUUUAUAAGAGACAAGACUGGUCAGACUCAAAAUUAUUAAGUCUUUAUAAACGCAUCAUGCAAGAUGUCAUUGUAUUUGAAAAGAGUCACAUAAAGGAACGUUUUGCUCAUCAAAUCUCGCUUGCGUAUAUGGAUUUGUGUGAAAAUCCCGAGAUAUGGAAACAGGUUCAGUUUGCUCAUAUCGCCUUGUUUCCUGACAUGAAGUGUUCAAAUUGUAAAGUGUCUGUAUGCUUGCAUUGUGGCUAUGACUCUCAUUUCAAUAUGGAGUGUAAGGAAAGUAUGUCAAGGAUUGUUGGUACUUUAACCGAUAAAGACAUGAUGACUACGGUAGAGUGGAAGUUACAACAUAGUCGACAAUGUCCCAACUGUUCUAUCAUGAUCAACAGAGACGAGGGUUGCAACAAAGUGGAUUGUUCUUAUUGUGGAUUCUGCUUUUGUUGGGCUUGUCGUUCUUCUUGGUCAGAGGGAUGUGGCUUCUACCGAUGCUCAAAUACCGCAGAGAAUACGGAUGAGCAAGAAAACUCUUCCCAAGACAAGACAGAACUGGGUGUACCAAAUAUUAAACGUAUUCAAGCAAGACUUGUUGUUAACAUGGAUCUUGACUGAACAAUAAGAAAAAAAAAGACCUUAAUCAUCAUUGCAAAUCACACUGUAGAUAUCAACCUCCUCUCCCAUAUACUUUUUACUAUUAAAAAAAAAAUUAACUUUUUCCUACCCCCCUUUUUCUCCCCUUCAAUUGCAUAAAAAAAAUAAAACUCCCUCCUUUCUGAUUGGAAGGAGUAAUCAAGAAGAAAAUAUA